UCAAGACGAUAACGUCGCGGCGGUUAUUUCUUUCUUCAGACGCUCAUGGAGAUUUGUUUGAGAUAAUUGCCAAUUGCAUCUUUCACUCACCAACCACACCGUUUUGACGUCUAAGACAAACGAAGAAAAAAAUAAUGAAGAUUACCUAACGUGUGGAAAACCUCGCAUAGAAAAAAGUCUAAAGAAAAAUCCCAUCAAGAGUCUCGAAAUUGUAAAGUUUUGUGGUUUGUGAAAAAAAAUGUUGAAGAAUCCAACAUACGACGAGGAAAGAGUUGGUGGUGGAAAAAUUUCUCCAAAAGUAGUGAAAAAUGUGGAAUGAAGCACGAGAAAGAAAAAAAAAUCCACCACAAAAUUAGAAAGGGGAAAAAUGUAAUAAAAGUUUAACAGCUUUCGGCACCAGAAGCAACAGAAAAGUUCCUUUUUUGUACAUCAUACAACAAAUUAUACUAAUUAUAUAUAUACAAACACUCGAUGAAACCAAAGUUCCUAUUUAAAAAAAAAAGUUUUGAAGAGUUAUUAGAAUUCUAUACAAGAUAAAUAUUUAAAACAGAGAGAGAUAUAGAGAAAAAAGUAGAUGUAAAAAAGCAGAAAUUUUUCACUGUGAAAAAGAAAUUUGUAAGGAAGUGAGAGGAAGAUUUUUAGGAAAAAAAAAGAGCUAGGUCGACCAAGUUGAAGGAUUGAAGAAUCCUUUGGAAAUACCGGAGGGCAAAAAAAGCUCGCAGGAGGAGGUGGAUUUUGUGUUAAAGAGUGGACAGCCCUGUGUGUGUCAUUCACCACCACUUUUAACAGCACAACUACACACUUAAUAGCUUGAUACUAAAGCCUCGCAUUGGGAAAGAAGGAAGCACGGAGUACAUAGUGAAAGUUGUUGAAAGUUCUAAUUGACUAAUUUGCAUCAUCUGUUUUCUGUGUUCUCGUGUUGCUCAGAGAGCGAGAGAGAGUGAAACGUGAAGCCACGUGGCAUUCAAAAGAGCUUUUACGGAAUUUGAGGACUUUUCCCUUUGUAAUCCCUUAACCCCCCGCCCCGGUAAUUAAUGUCAACCGUGGCAAGAAGUGGCAAUAGCAUCGGCAGCUCAAGCUCUCUCGUGGAUGUCGACAGUGCAGAAAGCAAUGAUGCUUCCUCGAGGGAUGAUCUCGAGGAAGAUUUCAAGCAUCGCAAAAUACGACCGAAUAUCAUCUCUCCACCCACCCAUGCUUCUGCCACCAAUUCCCAAUUUUCUCCAACGAGUGUCGUGACAUCCUUCAGCAGUGCCGUGGCUGGGAUCUCGCUCACACAUCCAGCUGAGCUAUCUGCCGCCCUGCACGGAUACCAUCAUCAUCACCACAGUGGUGGUCCUGCUGUUGCAGCAGGGCCACCGGGUGUCCCGUGUGGAUCAACCCUCGAUGCGAGCAACAACAACAAACCCCCCUUCCUUCUACCAGCUCAACUCUACAAAAGCCUCUUUGCAAGUGCAGUUCUCCAGAAAGCACCCAAUGCAGAUGCCUUCAACGGACAACCAUUUCCACGAAAUCUCCUAUUUUCCUGCUCAGAAAAAUCCCCAAGCAGCGACAGGGACACAGAUGAUAAAGCAUCCGAAGAGAACGAUGAGAAAGCCGCAGCAGCAUUUGUAUGGGGAGGUGAAUCAGGUGUACCCAGCGUGAAUUCAGCAUCAAACAACAACAACAACACACCAUCUGUCGUGAGUGGAGGCGUACCGGGAGCAGGAGGUGUUACACCAGCAGCAGGCAAUUCCCCGGCUAGUUGUUCACCGGCAACAGGAAUAGGAUCAAUGCCGGUCGGAGGGGUUCAGGGUCAGAACCCUACCCAGGGUCUUGUGCACUGGAUGAGUGCCGUCAUGGCCGAGCACAUGACAUCCAAUUCACACCAUGAUCCCACUGUUGGGAUGCACUACAUGUGGAAUGGUGGAGUCGAUCAAUGUGGCCAACAUACCAAAGACAUUGAUUACGGUGGUUGGCCCGCACCCAGGAAUCAUAUGUCUAUGAAGCAAGGAUAUGAGGCUAAGAUGAACGAUCAUCACAGCAAUAUGCAGAAAACACAUGGACUUGAUGAUGGGCGUGGUGAUCAUCACCUAACACAAUCUGGGCAGAUGGCUUCAGCUCUAUAUGGAGCUGCCACUGGAGCUCUACGCUCGGGAUCUUCAAGCAGCAGUUCUCCCGGUGGGGGAGUCCCUGGACCUGUUACUCAUGGACAUCCCGCCACAUCGGCAGCCCUACUCGUUGUUCCGCAGCCCAUCAAUGCCACCAAGAUUGGUGGAGGACUCCCAAAUGGAGCUCCACCCGGACGGAAGUACCAGUGCAAGAUGUGUCCACAGCCAACUCAAAAUGUGGAUUUGAAGAUCUUCAGUUCGAAGGCUGACCUACAACUUCACACGCAGAUCCAUAUGCGUGAGGCAAAGCCGUACAAGUGCUCACAGUGCUCGAAGGCAUUUGCCAAUUCCAGCUACCUGUCGCAGCACACCCGCAUCCACCUGGGCAUCAAGCCGUACCGCUGCGAGAUCUGCCAGCGCAAAUUCACGCAGCUUUCGCACCUGCAGCAGCACAUCCGGACGCACACGGGCGACAAGCCCUACAAGUGUCGCCAUCCAGGCUGCCAAAAAGCCUUUUCGCAGCUCAGCAACCUCCAGUCGCAUUCGCGCUGCCACCAAACGGAUAAGCCCUACAAGUGCAACUCAUGCUACAAGUGCUUCUCCGACGAACCAUCCUUGCUGGAGCACAUCCCCAAGCACAAGGAGUCAAAGCACCUCAAGACACACAUUUGCCAGUACUGUGGCAAGUCCUACACGCAGGAAACCUACCUCUCGAAGCACAUGCAAAAGCAUGCCGAGAGGACAGACAAGAGGCCACCGAUUACGACGAAUAUGUCCGGUUUGGGCACCAAUCGCAAUGUUGGUGGUCUAAAUACACAACUGCCUGCUGUGGGUGGUGAACAUCCGUACUGGCCAAAGGUUAGCCCAGACUCUGCUGCAAGUCUCACCGAAGUUAUCCAGCAGCAGCAGCAACAGCAACACAACACAACCCACCAUGACUUCCAUGUGAACCAGCAUCAAAAUAAUGGACAUGCAGACCUACAGCAACAGGCUCAUCAUCGCUCCCUGCUUGAUAACCACCCAACGCGUGAGGAUGUAGGUGAAGAUUUGGUUGUAAAUCGACAGCAGGCAGCCAACGCCCUCCCACCUUCCUCGACACCCACCAAUUAUGAGGCCAGUGCGGCCAGUAUCACCAAGACGGCUGCAGUCAGCAAUUCAGCUUUCACUCCGAUCAACUCAAUGACACCCCACCUCAAUUCCCUGGGGCAUCAUCAUCAGCUCGCCCAGCGGCCCUAUCUCUAUGACGCCAUCAGUUUCCAGAAUAAGAAUGUGAAUCAGAACGCAGGCGCCAGCUUCCCCAAUCAACUGAUAUCCCUACACCAGAUCCGUAACUAUGCUCAUCAACCCGGUGGACUUAUGGCUGGUGAGCACUUGCUGGGUGUAAGUGUGGGUGCUGGCAAGGAUAAGGGCUAAGCAGUUGUGCUUAGGACCUCACCCCACCACUUGGCUUCCUUCUGAAGAGGCGCAACGUGUACCUGUCAAUUAGAAGGGGCAUCACUAAAACGCAUUUAGUACGAUUUUUUACACGCAUGUUUGUUAUCUCACCUAUCAGUUGAUUCAACCUGUGAUUUUACUUACACAAGCUCACGCUGAAGAUAUAUAGGGACUUGAACAUAUUUUUUAUUGCCUGAAGAAUUCUGGAAAUUUCACAAAAUUUUCCCAAUUAGUUGGGGGCUGAAAUAAAGUUUUUCUUCUUUAUUAGUUUUUUUCGGAAGUUGGUUUGUCUUAACCUUUUAAUUAUACAGUCUAGGUUUUUAGACAAAAUCAAAUAGAAUCCGUUCUAGGACAUUCAAUAAAGUGAAAAAUAGUUUUUUUUAGAAUUGAAUUUUAAAUGAUCAACGUAUUCCAAAAAAUCAGUUAAAAGUUCUUUGGAGAUCUAAGAAACUGGACCUCUCUUGCCUACAGAAAAAGACCUAGUUGGUUAAACACAUAUGAUAAAAUUUCUUAAUUAAUUCUUGUUCUAUGUUUUAUAAUGAAAAAAAAAAUUAUCUUUAAACUUUCUUAUGUGAUACAUAGAAUAUAAAAUUCUAUGUAUCACACAAAGAAAGCAUAAAGCUAUCCCACUAAUUUCCUUGAGAAUUUUGUGAAAUUUUUAGGACUCAAUUGAAAUAGUGCUACAAUAAAAUAGAAAAGGAUAACAUAAAGUAAGUUUUUUUACCGACCGUCCACAGUUGAUAUGAUUCGAUUGGAACUGCUACAAAUGAUUCACUAAAAUAGACCGAAUAAAAGUACACAUUGAAUAAUUUAUAAUAGAAUAUUAUGGAUUAUGUUCUCUGUAGUAAAAAAAAGUUUAAUUUUAAACACAAAAUGAUUUAAGAAAAAUGUAUAUUGAAUGGCAUUUGCUUGGACAUUAGGAGUGAUUUGAAAAUCUUGAUGAAUGUAUUGUACAACGUUGAGUGAGAGGUUGAAGACGACGGAAUAUUUGCAUAAAUGCACGAAAUGCAUAUAAAAUGGACGAACUGUGAUAUAUUUUGAAUAUUUUCAAACAUAAACUUAAUUACAAAAGAAGUAAUGUUGUAAAACAAUACUAAAUAGUAUUAAACAAAUAUUAAUGAAUUUAUGUAUAUAAUAAAUAGGACUGUAAUAUUAAUUCUAUUUAGAAAUCAAUAGGAGAUAUAAACAUGAUUAAAGUGGAGUAAUCUCCCAGAAAAAAAAAGUCCUCAAACCCUUCUCUCACACAAGAAAGUUAGAUAAUAAAAAUUCCAUGUAAAACUUAUGCGUAUCUAUUGAUGAAAAAUUUAAUAUUAAAAAAAAAUAUUUAUAGCGAUUCGACAAAAAAAGGAAAGAGAAUGUUUGGAAGGAAGAUUCACUUUAAAAGAAAAAUGCAACGAAAUGUCAAUAAAUUCGAUUUUGCAAAGAAAUUUUCUUCAAACAUAUAUUUAACAAAAAAAAAAAACAUAAAGCAUAAAUGAUAAAAAAAAACUGUCUAUCUCUUUGUAAAUGUGUGAUUUCCAUAUCUUUGCAAUUUAAAUAAGGAAAAGAAAACAGAACAUGCAAAUAUGAGAAAACACUAAAAAUAAAUAAACAUUUAAACGAGAUGAAAAUUAAUGUAAAAGUGAGUGUAAAAUUAAAAUAAUCAAAUGUUUUUUGCUGUGUAAAAAAAAUCUAAAGAAUUGUAGGAUAAUUUUGAUUUUUCUGUCUCUUCUGUCAUUCUGUAUUAUAUAAUG